GCAGCAGCAGCAAGGACGAUGGUGCUCGUCUCCUAUCAGUCUGGAUGAGGAUUUAGAUUUCCCGGGAGCUGCUUCCCCAUCAGUGGCCUUGAGAAUGUACGGGGAUGGAGAGGGCAAAGUGUGGGACCGGAUCGGGCGGCCCCACCGGGACUGCAUGUGCUACCUUGGACCUCCGACCACUUUGAUGCCGAUCGGGAUGCGCAAGUCUCCCGACGUGAGCCCCAGAAGGCUUUCGGACAUCAGCCCUCAGCUCAGACAGCUCAAGUACCUGGUGGUGGACGAGGCCAUCAAGGAGGACAUGAAGUCGUCGCGCUCAGUUGAGGACAUCAACAGCGCGUCCAUAGAGGAGCGGAUACUGCGGAUCACCGGAUAUUAUGGAUACCAACCUUGGAAUGCAAGCUACAGCAGAGAAGACCGCGUCAGGGAGAAUGUGGUGGGCACAACCGACACACAAGCAGCGAGCGGCGCAGCUGGAGCAGAGUCCGGCUCCAGCAGACGGAAGCUCCACUGCUGCAUCCGAGUGACGACCGUGCAGGUACAGAAGGCCCUGUGGGGGGUCGCCAUGGUGAUGUGCGUGUGCUCGUCCUGGGCAGGCUCCACCCAGCUGGCCAAGCUGACCUUUAAGCAGUUCGACGCCCCCUUCACCCUCACCUGGUUCGCCACCUCCUGGAACAGCCUCUUCUUCCCCCUCUAUUACAUCGGCCACCUGUGCAAGAGUCCGGAGAGGCAGACGCCCAGGCAGAGAUUCAGGGAGUGCUGUAGGUUUUUCGGGGACGACGGGCUGACGCCCAAGGUGUUUUUCACCAAGGUGGCGCCCUUUGGCCUCCUGUGGAUCCUCACCAACUACCUGUACCUGCAGGCCCUCAGGAAGAUCAACACAACAGACGUGUCGGCGCUCUUCUGUUGUAACAAGGCCUUCGUCUUCCUGCUGUCCUGGAUUGUACUCAGAGACCGCUUCAUGGGGGUCAGGAUCGUAGCUGCUAUCUUGGCCAUAGCAGGCAUUGUAAUGAUGACCUACGCUGAUGGAUUCCACAGCCACUCCGUCAUCGGCAUUACGUUGGUCGUGGCCUCGGCUUCAAUGUCAGCACUUUACAAGGUGCUCUUCAAGAUGGUCCUGGGCAGUGCCAAGUUCGGAGAGGCCGCACUCUUUCUCAGCAUCGUCGGAAGCGCAAACUUUGUUUUUGUCAGCUUUGUGCCGGUCAUCCUGUACUUCACACGCGUCGAGUACAUCGGCUCGCCUGCAGACAUCCCGUGGGCCUACCUCUGUGGCGUUGCUGGCCUGCUUUUUGCUUUCAACGUCUUGGUGAACUUUGGCAUCGCCAUAACAUACCCAACAUUAAUCUCCCUUGGCAUCGUCUUAAGUGUCCCAGUGAAUGCCAUGGUGGACCUCUACACAUGUGAAAUUAACUUCAACACGGUGCGCCUCAUCGCCGUGUGCAUCAUCUGCCUGGGUUUCCUCAUGCUGCUGCUACCGGAGGACUGGGACCAGUGCAUCAUCCAGCUCAGCACAAAGCUGCGCAAACGGGACGAGCCGGCAGAGAGCAGCGCCGAGGCGGGGGCCACCACAGGGCUCAACUGGAGGGGCAGAACCCGGACCUCCAUGUCAACAUUUGCACACUGACUGCGUGUAAAAGUAAUAAACAGACAAACAGACGGACGCAGGGGAAGGGAGACACGUUGACCUCUCACGGGGUUGGUGUCGGGACUUUUUUGACCUGCAGCUCCCCGAGGAGAAAACAGUAUUACAGACUGUCCUCUGGGUUUGUCACUCGUCAAGCCAAAAGGAAGAAGAAGAAGCAAGAGGAACAGGACUGUAUUAUUCAUUUUGGCGUCCAUUCCGCUCAGAAGUUAUCCGAGUGGCUGCAUGGACUCGUAUCAUUUCAAAUCCUUCUUCACCAAAAAAAAAAAAAAAAAAAAAAAAAAGAUCAGACAAAACUGAUCGAAUCGUGAUUUAAUUUUGCUUUCAUCAUUCCAUUCACGACAUCCUCACGCCUGGGAAGACUUGCCAACUUGCCUGAUAUUCUUCAACUCUUGAGAAAUAAAAAAACAAAAGACAGACACCACGUGGACUUGCUGUUGUACACAUUUACACACCUUUUAAGAUCCAAAGAAGAAUGCCUAAAAUGCUGAACGCCUGUAAACAAAAACAAAAAGAAGGGAGGCCAAACAGAGGCUGCCUUCAGGUUUGACUUUGACUACCUGCCUUUCAUGCACUGUACAUAGCUGAUUUUCACACCUCUGAUGUCCUGGGAGUUGUUGACCCUGAUGGUCUCAUCUGGUGUGUGGUGGUGGUGGGGGGGGACCUGUCUGGACAUCUGAGCAUCAAAUCCGAGCUGAAGGAACUUUCACAACGCCUCACUUCUGCUCCUCCCCGAGAGAAGAGGUCAGGUCUCUGUUGAUCACACUGAUUGGCUCCCCCCCCCCCCACGCCCCCCCCGUGGUUAUUUGUAUCUCCUGUGGCUAAACUCCCACUCUGUCAACGCUGACACCCAUUGCUCAGGCCCCACAGAUGAGUCACGCUAGAUUAAACACCAGUAUCUCCAUUGCAUAAGUCAUCAAUGCAUGAUACAGUUGAGUUUUCAGUCCGUCCA